GUUUGACGCGUAUAUGUGUGUAUCUUAAACCUUAUUAUAUUCUCUCGACAUGUUAAAGGAAUGGAUAUAUAUUUGCGGUCCAAUAGGCCUAUUUCACCUUCUUUCAUUUGUUAAUUGCGUUAACUUGCAAGUAAAUGGAAGUGAGGAAUGUGGCGCCUUCAAACACGAACCUUAUUUCAUGGAACAGAAUGGACAAAUGCAAAAGUGUGUAAAAUGUGCGUCUUGCCCUCCUGGUUAUGGGGCUAUACGCCGCUGCACACAGCACAAUAAUACAGUUUGCAUGGCCUGUCCACCUGGUAUGUAUUCGAGUUGGCACAGCCCCUAUGACGCGUGCCUACCGUGCAAAAUUUGUAAUGCACACCGUACUAUUGUACGCGUCUGCAAUAAGUCACAGGAUCGUGUUUGCAGCACUUGUAAUCAAGGAUACUAUGAAGACUUCUCUACUGGAACUUGUAAAGAGUGUGAUUAUUGUUAUCACCAUGACUUUACUCAGAUUAGAAAGGCGGCGUGUCAAUAUGAGGGUGCCCCUGUUGAUUUCUAUUGCACACCAUCAUUGGAUCCACCUUACAGAGCCCCGAUGAAAUGGCAACUUACAACAAAAUCAGCAGAUGAAGCGACAAGUCCGCAGUCGAUCAUCUCUACUUCUGAAUGGUUAUCUUGGAGCAGAAUGUCAACGCUUACGGAGCAACCGACUAGUUUCCAAGAAUCUCGAGUUUCUGCAAACGAAAAUUUAAUGAGAGAAAAGCUAUCUACUACCACAGAUACUACCAUAUCUACUGUCUCUUCUACCAUUAUCAAUAGAUUUUUACAGUGGACAUACAUUACAAGCCACAUCAGACCUACGAUGCGUACUGGAGCCCUAGGACACACUUCGAAUGUAGGAGUAGUUGGAAACACGGUGACUGCUGGAACCCCAGAGUACCGGUACACAAAAUCUGCAGGAGUCCUCAAACACACGGCGAUUGCAGGAGCGGCAGAGUCACAAGUAACUAAUCACAUCAAAACUACUUUCCAACUGGAAUCAGUUAGUGAUAGGCUAUCAAUAGAAAUAGCGACUGUGAUUGCCAUAAUAUUAUGCAUAUUUAUUAUCUUAACUGUUUUUAUAGGCCAAAUAUUUAGACCUAUUCGACGGAAUAGAUAUUUUCAUAAACUUUCUGAUGAAGAAAAUAUAUCUGUCUUAUAAUUUAAGUUUCGAACUCUUACUUAAAAUUUAUAGCAUUACC